GGUGAUUUAAGCUUCAAAAUUUAUACGAUCAACAAAUACAAAAAAAAAUAAAAAUAAAUAAAUAGAAAAACAAAAAAACGUUUGCUUUUAAACAUUAAAGAAUGGACUUUUCAAAGCUACAGGAAGAGUUCUACAAGGAUGUGGCAACCAAGAGGGAUACGGCCGAAAAAAUGGGAAAGGACCAAGGUCCUGAAAAGAAGAAGAAAAGGUCCUUUGAGAAGCAGCAGGAAAAGACUGAAGACAAGUUUACAGUGGAGAAGAAGGAGAUUAGGGAUGACGAAGUCCUCAAGAGAAAGGAUGAAGAAAAAGAGGAAAAAAGACGGUCAACGGCAUACUCGGGCACUGGAUCUGAGAGUCUUGAUCUAGGAGAAGAGGAAGAGGGCGGGGGGACUGGGAGUUCUGAAGCCCUCGACCUCGCAGAAAUCAAGUUCCCACUGCCCGAGCAGAAAGACCCAUCCAUGUGCCGAGAUGAAUAUAUCAGGAGCAUCCUUGAAGAACAAGAGCGUAAAGUUUCAGAGCAAAGGCGCAGGACGACAGUGACCAAAAAGGGGUCUUCAAUCGCCGUGCCGAAAUCGGUUUACACUGUGUCUGGGGAUACAAAUCCCGAGUCUAUGAUACUUUCGGUGCUGAGGAAGUUUCGUUCCUCCCUAUUUCAUACUGGCUUGUCCAUCAAACGGUCCACUAGCUUUAGACGGAAGUCCUCCAUGUGGCCCCGGAGCACGUUGCUAAGGAAUCUGAACCGUGAAGUCCAGAAGGCGGCCAUUGAGUUCCUUUCGGUGCGAAUGCUCAAGCAGCUGCGGCUCUUCACGAGUCCUUGGCCUGGCGAGAUCAAGGACAUACCGUACUUUUUAUUUCACUGGUCGUUGGAGUAUUUCGAGGCGCGUCUGGAUAUGAACCAGCUCUACCUCGACGUAAUCCAACGGGAGCGGACAAAAGAGGACCUCGACUGCGUCAAGUUCCGCACGGAUCUGGCGGAGAUUGCGAAUAUCAUCUAUGACAUCCGGGAUGAGUUUGCCAAUGACAAGAAUUUGUGCAAUCAUGUAUUCCAGAUUUUGCGCCACGCGACGUAUCAUAGAAAUGCGCCUUGGAUACAAGGACUGAAGGAUAAGCAGAAGGAGCUGGAUCAGCUGAAUCAGCAUAAGUUGGUGCAAACUUCCAGCAGCACUGACUUUAUGGACGCCCGAGAAACAACCGUACUAGAUCGUUUUGAAAAUACUGCUGCUUACGAUCCCAUCGAACUGCGCUACCGGGUCAACUGGCUCAACAGCUGCACGGAUCAGCGGCUAUACCGCUUCCAAAUGCGUGAGAACGCGCUGAAGAAGGAACUGGAAGAGCUCACCAAAAACAUGAACGUCGACAACAUGGUGCACCACAACAUGGAGUUCAUGUAUGGCUAUGAGAUCGACAUGGCCAAGCGUAAGAUCCAGGAGUGGACAGUGCGUUUCGACAAUGAUCUGGAAAACGCAGAGGUUGCCGUGCAGAUGUCCAAAAUAGCCGUCCAGAAGUACAAGGACGAUCUCAAGUUCUACCAGGAGCAGGAGGAAAUGUUCAAGCGGCGGAUUGCGGAGGAGAAGGAGCUAAUGGCGGUGGAGGCAAAGAUUCACCAGGAAAAGCAGGCAAAGGCAAAUCAGGCAGUUCUGGAUGUGGAAGCGACCGUGAAGGCUAUCGAGGCUGUCUACAAGCCACCGCCACCGAAGAAGACCAAAAAGAAGGCAGCCAGUUCCUAA